AUGGUCGAAAUUUGUACUCUUCACCAAAUAAUAGAAGUUAUGUUCCUAGACGGCAUGUCUACAGACUACAGUGUCUUGUCAUUUCAUAUUAACGAGAGCGUGGAGCUCGGAGCUAAAGUAAAGGCGCUUCGCUGUAAUAACUCUCGGCGGCAAAUGGGUCUUCCUUUUGACUUAAAUGACCCUUUCUCUCCCUCCGACGACAAGUUUUGUUUUGAGACGGAUAUUUCAACUGAACAUAGAGAAGAAGAUCACGAUGCAGACGAAUCUCCGAUGGAGCCUCAACUCACUAGAGCCUAUUGUGAGCGGUAUUCGUUGUCAAGAUCAGAGAAUAAAAAUAAAAUACCUACAAUGAGGCUCUGGGUGUGCAGCUGCCACGGUGUAAGGAGGAAGAGGUCCAUCAACCGCGCUAGGGCACAGAGGCAGAUUACUCGGACCAACUGUGGCGCUUUAUUUCAAAUCAAGUGGAUGCCUUUUCUUAAUUUGUUUCAUGCAAGCAAAUUCGUUCAUGUUCAUUACCAUACUCUGGCUCUUCCUGUCCAUGUUCAGUUUCUCAGAAGCCAUCGACACAUCAAAGAAGAACAAGCCACAAAAAUCAACAUUCUUUUAGGUGCUGGUAUUCCAAAAGGGCAAAUAGUAGACUAUAUAUUAUCCAUCAAUGGAGAGUUUGAUGCUAUAGGAUUCACAAGGAAAGAUCUAUACAAUUAUCAGGUGGCUUUGCAAGUGCCUAAAGGUUCAACGAAUGAUGCAGAGGCUACCGUCGCCUUCAUUACAGGACUUGCAGUAAAAGACCCUGGUAUUUAUUGCCGUUACUAUGCUAACGAAGAUGAGAAGCUCUGCAGGCUGUUCUUUUCAGACAGCAUUUCCAGGGCGGAGUUUAAGAAUUUCGGGGAUGUAGUAGUAUGCGAUGCAACAUACAAAACCAAUACAUUCCGCAUGCCCCUAGUCCUUUUCACAGGCCUAGACAACAAUCGUUUGAAUAUUGUCUUCGCAUUUGCAAUUAUAAAUUGCGAAGACGCAGAAACCUACAAUUGGGUCUUCAGGACGUUCGUCGAUUGCAUGGGCGGAAUAGCGCCGAAAGCCAUCCUCACAGACGCAGACAAGGCGAUGCAGGUUGCCUUACGUGAAUCAAUGCCCUUAACAAGGCACAUGUGGUGUGCAUGGCAUAUUUGCCGUAACUUAACUUCAGUUCAGGGUAAAGAUCAAAAAUUCUGA